AUGCACACAAUAUUUUAGUUACUGCAAAACAUGAGACAAACUUUUUCCUCUUGUCCAUUGUUGUGCGAUCGAUGCAUUUAUGUGACUCUGGCGUCUGACUGAAAAAUAAAGUUGGCAUUUAUAUUUAAUUUUGUCGAAGUCGGAAUAAAACAGUUUAGGAACGCCCUUUGACCCCCUCUAAAACUGGCGCAGCCAGGAGCGUCUCUGCUGGACGCAUGAUGGCUGCCUGAUCUCUAAAUUAGGAACCGGUGGGAGUCAGAAGUAGGCUACACAGGCUUUCCACUUGGGAGAGAAGUGACAAAGUGCGACGACAGAGGUUAGGCAGCAAGGUGAGCCCGUGUUGUUUUGGCGCGCCUUCUGUUAGGGCUCAAUUUGUUUUGUGUUUUGUGUUGAAACAAAACUUACUUCUCGCCGUGGACAGAGGAUCAGCUAACCAGGUUACCGAGAGAGAUCGACUAAAAAGAAAGUACGCUACAGUGUCAGGAAGGAGAAGAGCCCUGUGAUUGUGUACUGAUAUUUCUCCAUGGCUGCUACGAGCUCAUCCACCACUGUGGUUGAGGGCUUCCACUUUGAGACCAAAUAUGUUGUCCUCAGCUACCUGGGCCUACAGCCACCCAGAAGUCUUCCUAGGACACGUGUUGCUACAGGUGAAGGCACCAGCCAGUCUGAGCAGGAACAGCAGAGCGGGAUUAAGGGGCAGGUCGAGGACGAGCUGAGGAGGCUGGAGGAGGAAAUCGCAACAUCCUUCUCGAGGACCGGUUUCGACUGCCACACGUCCCUGGUGUUCAGCCCCGCCAAUCCGGAGAGCUCAAUAGAGGAGUGCCUGGCCGUGCUGGGCAGCCGUGUGGCCCAGGACCUGGGCUCUCACCUUAACGCGGCCCUGCAGGGCCUGCUGGGAGAACCCCUGGACUACGAGCGUUACAGGGACGCAGUGCAGAGCGUCUCCUCGCACUCUCAGGAGGGUUGGAACAAGGUUCUGGUGCCCCUAGUGCUCCUGCAGGCCUUGCUCUGGGAGGGGCAGCCCCUGACAGAGCUGGUUCCCCUGGGGAUGCACUAUCUGCUGGAGGCUGAGGCGGAGUUCGUCAUCGGGCAGGGUGGAUGGGGCACCGUGCUUAACCUGGAGGAGAUGGAGCCUGGUGUCAUCGUUGCUGAGGACGCCAACGACAUCUACAUCUUGUCAGGGGAGCAGCUGAGCCCCCCUGGGUCACUGGUGUCCUCGGCGGAGGGAGGAGAGCACAGGCCGUGGCAAGCGGACAGCCUCCUGGGGGGCUCAGGGUCCUGGGCUCAGGUGGGCUCCAUGGAACCGGAGGACGCGAAGAGCCUGGACAGCGACGCGGGCACGAUGCUCGCCGAGGAGCGCAGCGAGAACAACUCCUCCAACUCUGACAUCGUGCAUGUGGAGCGGGAGGAGGCAGAGCUUAUGGAGGGGGAGCUGCAGGAGAGCAUGCUGGGUAGCGGGAGCGAGCUGGUGGAAAUGCGGGGGGGGACUAUGCUGUGUGCCGAGCCUCCCACUGAAGCAUCCGAAGUCUCUGAGAGCCAGUUAUCUGUGGGGGGGCUUCUCACAGUGCAGGAAACCCCAACUCCUCAAGUGCCCCUUUCUGUUCCAGAACCAAAGCCCCCGGUCUCUGCCCCCUUGCUAGCUGCAACGCCAGAGGCUGUCAUGAAGCCACCGCAUGAGUCUGUAGCAGCAGUGGCUGACGAGCCUCACGCAGCUCCACCUAAGGAGAUCCCGCCCAAGCCCAAAUCAUCCAGGCCCUCUGAGCUUCCCAUGCUGCUGUGCAGUGGCGCCGCCCUGGUGGCCAUUGCUGCAGUAGUGGUUUAUGGAGCCAUGGUCUUCAGGAAGAAGUAGUAGCGUGGGGUGACUGCGGGUGCUGCACAGCCCACACGUUGGGGAGGAGCUUAUUCAGUUUUAUUUAACAUCAGGAUUGUUUUGUGCCUCCCUAAAUCAGCUCGUAACAUGGCUCAUGUCUUGAAGCGUUUCUGUCUUAGUUUGCCUGUGGCCCUUGCUGGGUCUUUCCCUCCCCUUGGGGCUUCUGACGGGGAUUUCUGGGUAGCUUUCCAGUCCUUGCAUACCAUGUGUUUCUCUACUGAACGACUUUGAGAGGUUGUUUGGGUCAUGCAAAAACGGGAAGUGAGAUUUUACCUGCGGGAACUGGACUGUCACGUUCUGCCUGCCACACCACGGCCAUAUCUGCGUUCUCCUCCAGUCUGGCUUGUGAUCUUGGUUUGUCAGUUUUGGGCUUGACUAUCCAAGGAUCCAGGAGUCUGUAGCCCCCUGGCAGCCAUCACUGUGCUACGUCACUUCCUUCUGUCUUUCUCUGGAUGGCAGAAACUUUUUAUUUUUUUGGCCCCUAACUCCACACUAAAGUAUGGCUGUAGAACCUGUCGCCACCGUUAUCACCACACGGGGGAACUGUCACUUUUUCUCUCGGGGGGUUUAAAUCUCCAUGGCAAAGGAUGUGGGGGGGUAGCAGCCAGCAGCCUGAAGGUAUGUGGCAAACAACCAGAGGAAAGAAGACCGUGCUUGACCCCCCAUCCUCCACAAGUCCGGUGCUGACACCUGUGCUCAGCGUGACGCUAACUGAGAGUCCGGGAAGCAGAUCCCCGCCUCAGAGGCGCGCAGCGACUAGAGUUCGGCGCUGCACUUCACUGCAUCAGUGGCGGUAGUUUCCGGUCCCGUUGUGACAGCUGAAGCAUGACAGUUUGGCCAUCUGUGCUCAAAGCAAAAUGAAGAACCAAACGAAGGAGAUGGGUUGGGGGGGGGUCUGUCUAUAUUUUAGCUAUGAUGAGGUUAUGAUUCUUAUGCCAUUAAACAUUGGUCUAUUAACCCACAGAAAGGUUGGAGACGGUUUCUUCCAAUUGAGUUUCGGACCGCUUGGUUGUCAAAGCCCUCGUUUCGGAUUCUUCUCCUGAGCUUAGCCACAUAUGUAAAUACAGGAUUGAAAUUAAAAUGGCUUUUUUUUCAGUGGUCUGAAAAUACCUUAAUAAACGUCAUGGUUUGGUA